AUGCGCGUCGCGUCAUUCGUUUUCAGCCUUGCCGCCGUGGUCGCCUCGGUCAAGGGUGCUGUAGUGCCGGCGAAGAGAGCUACCAUCUGUAACGGGCACGCCGAGCUCUGCAACAGGAGCUAUGGGAACACGACGUUCCUGGGAGCCCAUGAUUCUUUCGCGUUCAGCGAAGACCCCCUCGCUCUUGCCCGUGACCAGGAGGUUGAUAUCCCCUCCCAACUGGGCCUCGGCGUCCGUCUGCUUCAAGCGCAGUCCCAUGUGAAUGACGGUGUUCUUCACUUCUGCCAUACCAGCUGCCUCCUGUUCGAUGGCGGAACCGUCCAGGACUACCUGACCAAGGUCCACGACUUCUUGACGGCGAACCCCAACGAGGUCCUCACGCUCCUGUUCACCAACCCCGAGGGUGCCUCGCUCCCGGACCUGUGGGACCCGGCUUUCCAAGCCUCGGGAAUUGCGGACCUUGCCUACGUCCCUCCAUCACUGCCCGUCAAGCAGAGUGACUGGCCGACGCUCGGCGAGCUCAUCGACAGCGGAAAGCGCGUCAUCGUCUUCCUCGACGCAGGCGCGGACACCGACCGCAGCGUGCCGUACAUCCUGCCCGAGUUCCAGAUGAUCUGGGAGACGCCGUUCAGCGUGACGGAUGCUAAGUUCCCAUGCAGCGUCGACCGCAUCAACGGGCCCCUCUCGACUGAGGACCACAUGUACAUGAUCAACCACUCCCUCAACAAGGACGUCUUCGGCACGGGCAUCAUUGUCAGUGAUCCUAUUGACGCACGCACCACGAACGCAGACGCCUCGAUCUUGGCGAACGCGGCCGGGUGCGAGGGCUUCGCGGCCGGACGUGCGCCGAACUUCGUUCUCCUCGACUUCGUCAACAUCGGCCAGGGCCUUGAUGCAGUCAACAAGCUGAAUGGGCUGGCGUGA